CUCCAACAUUUUGGUUACCUUUUAUCUUCUCUGCUCAACUGCCUUUGUAACGCCAUGACCAAUCUUUUAAGAUUUAAGCUAUCAAUUUCCACCACUAAACCAUCUCUCUUUAACACCGAAAACAACCACCACACUCUUCUCUUUCCUUCCAAUGAAUAUUCAUCUCUAACAACUCUCACAGUUCCUUUCACUUCCUCUUCCUCUAGUAAGCUCAAAACAAGAGAACCAACUCACAGUUCCAACCCAAAGACUCAUCGCUUUAACCAAAAAUUCAGUACCAGAGUGUCUAGCGUGGCUAAUGCUGAUGUGGGAGAGGAGCAGAUGGAGAAGGAAGUUGCUGAGGGUUACACUUUAACUCAAUUUUGUGAUAAGAUGAUUGAUGUGUUCUUGAAUGAGAAGCCUAGAGUUAAAGAAUGGAGAAAGUACUUGGUGUUCAGAGAGGAGUGGAACAAGUAUAGAGAAAGCUUUUUUAACCGGUGUCAAACACGAGCAGAUGAAGAAACUGAUCCCAAUAUGAAGGAAAAAUUAAUCGCACUGGCUAGCAAAGUGAAGAAGAUUGAUGAUGAAAUGGAACGGCAUAGUGAUCUUCUUAAGGAGAUACAAGACAACCCUACUGACAUAAAUGCAGUAGUUGCAAGGCGACGCAAAGACUUUACAGGGGAAUUUUUUCGGUACCUAACUUUAUUUUCAGAAUCCAAUGACAGUCUGGAAGACCGUGAUGCUGUGGCGAGACUAGCAACCAGAUGUUUGUCUGCAGUCAGUGCUUACGAUAACACGCUGGAAAGUGUGGAUACAUUAGAUGCUGCCCAGACCAAAUUUGAUGAUAUCCUCAACUCUCCAUCUAUAGAUGUGGCAUGUGAUAAGAUUAAAAGCCUUGCCAAGGCAAAGGAACUUGACUCUUCAUUGAUUUUACUGAUAAAUAGUGCUUGGGCUUCUGCAAAAGCUUCCACAACUAUGAAGAAUGAGGUUAAAGAUAUAAUGUAUCGUCUAUACAAAGCCACAAAGAGCAGUCUUAGGAGCAUUGCGCCAAAAGAAAUAAAACUACUCAAGUAUUUACUAAAUAUUACAGACCCUGAAGAACGAUUCUCAGCAUUGGCAACAGCUUUCUCACCUGGCAAUGAACCCGAAGCCAAAGACCUUAAGGCAUUAUACACUACUCCCAAGGAGCUGCAUAAAUGGAUUACAAUUAUGCUUGAUGCAUACCAUCUGAAUAAGGAAGAGACUGACAUUCGGGAAGCUAAGCAGAUGGCUCAACCAGUAGUUAUCCAAAGGCUGUUCAUCCUCAAGGAAACUAUUGAAGAAGAAUACCUGGAGAAAAGCACAUAUCAAGAUCAAACAAUGCAAACAAAAGAGACCACUCAAUUAUGAAAUAUGUCCUGUUUUCCUUAAAAUGCCUCUUGUACACUGCCUAUCAGGUUUCCGCAAUGAGUGGUGUUGUAGUUUCUUGAUAAAGAUCUGGGUUUGUGACCCGAAACCUGCAGUGCCUCUUUGAUUAUUAGGUAAGUUUUACUUUGUUCUGUCCUGGUGGAGCUUUGACGGGUGAGAAAUUUAUAUAUGAUGUUCCAAAAUUUAGUUCCA